AUGCCCGAAACCUUGAAAAUUGACCCUUCAAUCUCCAUCUCCGAUGACGUGGAGCAGGUGACGGACAACUGGUCUGGAUUGACUGACCCGACCGAACGCCGUCGGCGACAGAACCGCGUAAACCAGAGGGCUUACCGAAAGCGCAAGCGGCUGUUAUCAGCCAAAGACGUCCAUCCUAAGAGCCUAGUGCCACCCCCUCCUUCAACCUCUACCCAAUUGCAAAACCACUCUUCACAACACAACCCAAAAGCCAACGUCUGCCGCAGCCCCGAAGUUUUACAAAAUCUUCUAGAUAGAUUCGCCAAGUCAGCGUAUGAAAGUUAUGCACGAGGGAACCCGACCGCCGAUCAUCUCAUGACAUUGACCAAGGUCAAUGUUUUUCGAGCAUUCGCCCACAACUUGCGAUUAAUCGGUUGGUCAGAGUACUGGAUGGAUAACGACGCAAUUUCACCGUUCAAUACAGACUUGCCACACAAGGCCUCUACAGCGGAUGAUAACAGUCUCAUUCCGACCAGUCUUCAGCCCACUCGAAUUCAGAAAUCAAUACCCCAUCAUCCGUGGCUGGAUUUCUUUCCUUUCCCCAAGAUGCGCGAUAAUCUCAUCGAAGCUGGGGAUGACUGGGAUGACGAGCAGCUCUGUCAUGAUAUCAUGGGUUUCUGGGGGGAGUCAACGAUGGAUGCAGGGCUGCUAGUUUGGGGAGAGCCUUGGAACGUGCAGAACUGGGAGGUGACUGAGCCGUUUCUAAAGAAAUGGCAAUGGGUUGUUCGAGGGUGUCCUGAAUUGAUGAACGCAACAAAUAAGUGGCGUGCCCGUCGAGGGGAGAGGCUAAUAUUCCGCUAUAUUUGA